AUGAAGGUCUCCGUGGCUGCCAUCUUCCUCUCCCUCCUCAUCACCAUCACCCUAGGGGCGAAGGCUGAAUCCAGCUCACGAGGACCUUACCACCCUGCCGAGUGUUGCUUCUCCUACAUUACUCGCAAGAUUCCACGUCACCUGAUUACAGAUUAUUAUGAGACCAGCAGCCAGUGCUCCAAGCCUGGAGUCGUCUUCAUCACCAAAAAGGGCCAUGCCAUCUGUACCAACCCCAGUGACAGCUGGGUCCAGGGCUACAUCAAGGACAUGGAGGAGAACUGA